CACAGAUGCCAUAUUGGAACGGGGGCAGUAGCAACUGAAAGACGUCGCUUGCGUUGCACUGCUCGGACUCGCGAACGAGGAGAGGAAACGAACAGGAGCCCGAGAGAAGGAGAGGUGACAAAAACUUGGACAGUUGUCUUAUGGAAGUUAAGACAUGAACUAAUCCAGACUUGAAGAACCCAGAGUCAGACGACCUGCUCUUCACAUAAAAAUGCAGUCUCUCACCCAAGACCAAAACCCAGCCUUCACUGUGGUCAAGUCUCACAGUCCAACCAAUGGCAAAGAGGAAAUUGUAAUUGUAGAUGCAGAUUCCAUCGAGGAGGAGACAGAGUUUAACUGGGAGGAGUACAUAGAAGAGAAGGGUGGGAGUGCCGCCCCCCACACCAACUUCAAACAUGUGGAGAUUAGUCUACAGAGCAGCUUCCAGCCAGGAAUGAAGUUGGAAGUGGCCAAUAAGAGCACCCCAGACACAUACUGGGUAGCGACCAUCAUUACCACAUGUGGCCAGCUGCUGCUCCUGCGUUACAGUGGCUAUGGAGAGGACCGAAAGGCUGACUUUUGGUGUGAUGUCAUGACCGCAGAGCUACACCCAGUGGGCUGGUGUGCACAGAACAACAAGACCCUUAUACCCCCAGAAGCCAUUAAAGAGAAGUACAGUGACUGGACUGAGUUUCUCAUUCAGGAUCUAACAGGCUCUAGGACAGCCCCAGCCAACCUGCUGGAGGGGCCUCUCAGGGGGAAAAACACAGUGGACUUGAUUGUAGAGGGAUCAGUGUUAGAACUCCAGGACACUUAUGACCCGUUCCUCUACUGGCCUGCUCGAGUCAUCAAGAACAUUGGGGGGCGGCUUUGUUUACGUUACGCUGGUUUAACUGAGGACCACCUGACCCGAGACAUCUGGCUCUUUUACCUGAAUGUGCGGUUGCGACCCCUGGGAUGGGCCCAAGAAAACUGCCUCACGGUAGAGCCUCCAACAGAGCUCAAAUGUCUGCAGAAUCACUCAGAUUGGCAACAGGCUUUAGAAGAAGCGCGACUUGAAGGACAGAAGAACCCACUGCCCUUAGAAGUGUUUAAGGACCAUGUAGACCUGCCCAAGCACUCCUUUAAGGUGGGAAUGAAGCUGGAGAUGGUUCCUUGGUGGGAUCGGCUGCAGAUUUGCCCUGUUUCUGUCACAAAGGUGUACAAUGAGUACUACUUCCAGGUGACUGUGGACGAUCUUUCAGUGGAUGCCAAACCCUGGUCAGUGGUGUGUCAUGUGAACUCACCAGGCAUCCUGCCUGUCCAGUGGUGUCUGAAAAACGGGACAGGUCUAGAGCGGCCCCGGGGCUUUGAGGGGCAGGACUUUGACUGGGCCGAUUAUCUGAAAAAGAGUGGCACUGAAGCUGCUCCAGACGUGUGCUUCCCUGAUACGUGGCAGACGAGGGGCUUUGCCAAGGACAUGUGGCUCGAGGCAGUGAACCCUGCGCGGCCGUCAGAGGUGUGUGUGGCCCAGAUCACACAAGUGACAGGCCGCCUGCUGUGGCUCCGACUGGAAGGUGUAACAAAGCCUUUGUCAGAGUGCAUUGUGGACAGUGAGUCUAUGGACAUCUUCCCUGUUGGCUGGUGUGAAGCCAACGCUUACCCUCUCACACCUCCACUCAAACCUGUCUCUUCCAAACAGAAGAAGAUAGCAGUGGUCCAGCCAGAAAAACAGUUAGUUCAGUCUGUGCCAGAAGAGGUUCCUCCUGUCAGCCACUGCCAGCCUGUUGCUAUGGAUCCAGGUGCAGCGAAUGGAAGAUACUGCUGCUCGAAGAUAUUUGUAAACCAUCGCUGUUUCUCAGGACCGUACCUCAACAAAGGCAGAAUCGCCGAACUGCCGCAGGCGGUGGGACCCGGCAAAUGUGCACUUGUCCUUAAAGAGCUGCUUACGAUGCUGAUCAACGCUGCCUACAAGCCUGGGCGAGUCCUGAAGGAGCUGCAGGAAAUGGAGAGUCACAGCUGGGACUGUCAGGAAGAGACCCUCAAAGCCAAAUAUAAAGGAAAAACAUAUCGCUCCACUAUCCGGAUCGUCCGAAUUGCAGACCAAAUUCCAGAGUUUUGUCGAAAAGUGUGUCUGAAGCUCCAGUGUUGUCCGAACCUCUUCAGCCCACUGCUUGUUACUGAUAAGUGCCCAGAGAACUGCUCCCUACAGACUAAAACCAAAUUCACUUACUACUAUGGAAAGAAAAGGAAACUGUCCAAGCCUGUGGGAGGAGAAGACACUGAGGGUGAACAGGCCAAACCAGCACGAAAGAGGAAGAAGAGGAAAGCCAUCUUUGUGCAGAAGAAACGCCGCUCCUCCACUGUUGACUACACUUAUGCAGGCUCGCCACUGGACAGUGAUGAUGGAGAAGAAGAUGAAGACUUCACUUUACAUUCGGGCAGUGAAGGCACCAGCUCUGAGCCCCGCGAUGACUUGUCUGUUGCCGAGGUGAGCAGCAGUCGUCCACGUCGGGCUGUAACUCUCCGUAAAGCCGCAAACUCAGGACACAGCAGCCAGGAGUCCACAGAGAGAGAGCUGAGGAGGUCCACUCGCUCCCUGUCUGCAUACAACCAGAAAGACAACAAGUACCAGCCCCCCAAAGAACAGGACGUUCAGAUGGAGGAAGGUGAAAGUCAGCUGGUUCUUGACAGAAACCCUUUGGAGUGGACCGUGGAUGAAGUGGUUCAGUUCAUUAACUCCACAGACUGCGCAUCUUUGGCCAAUAUCUUUCAGGAGCAGGAUAUUGAUGGUCAGGCCCUUCUGUUACUGACCCUGCCCACUGUUCAGGAGUGCAUGGAUCUGAAGCUUGGUCCUGCCAUCAAAUUGUGUCACCACAUAGAGCGUGUUAAAGUUGCCUUUUACAAACAGUAUGCUAACUAACAACAGAGCCUUGCACAAAAUGUUAAUACUGAUUGAAUGAAUUACUUAAUAUUUCCUGUUUGG